AUGGAGAAGGCUCGUGAAACAGCGAACAAGGAGGGUGUGUUGGGUGCGCCUGCUCACGGUGACGUGGCCUCUCCAUCCAAGCGGGUGGACUCCAGUCCCGACCCGGGUCUCAGAGACACCGCGGCCUCCCCCCUUGCAGGAUUUCGGCAGGCCUCGCGGAUUGGGCCCAACGAAGAGGCAGCGCCGCCGCAGCAGCACCACCGUGAACCACACUACGCACCAGCAUCGCCGUCACCCGCCCCCGCUACUGCACAGCCUCAUCAGCCUAGCGUGCCACCGGGCCGGGACGCGGUAUACUAUCAGCCGGGCACAUCCCGCCCUGCUCCGCCGCAGCGACCGGUCGCUCCAAUCCCACCUGCGCCUCGCCCGUCUGCUCCCAUAUACCCAGGCUUCGCUGCCGGGCCACCUUAUGCUCCCCCGCCCGGUAUGCCGUUUUACUGGCAAGGAGGUCCCCUGCAGCCCGCACCCCCCCCGCAGCAGUCGUUCGCACCACCCGCCAACCCGAGUAUGAGUGGCGCGGGUGAAGGCAUUGGGGAAUGGAUGCGCGACGCCGGUGGCGAGGCAGGUGUAGCUGGAGCUGCAACCGAGGCCUUCAACGGUGGACGUCCAAAGUCCAAGUACGCGGGUGUUACCGGGGGGGGGGGAGAUGUUUGGUUUGCCAAGCUGUUGAUGCCGGCCCCUCAAAACCCCAUACGCAUGGGGCCUUUCCCGAGCGAGGAGGAGGCAGCCAAGGGAUACAAGGCUGCCGCAGUGGUGGUACGGCAGCAGAGUUAUCGCAUCCAGCGCAGUAUUGAACUGACCCUGUCGGAGCAGCAGCUGCUGACCGGGUGCACCAGGCAGCACGUGGCAAGCCUAGCCGAGCGUGGCCUCUGGCAUAGGUGGCGCGAAUGGCGGCAGCUCAUGCCGGAGCUUCCGCCGGCUCCGCUGCUACAUGUUCUUCACGCCUCCACCAUGCUGCCUCUGCGCACGCAAGCACAGCCGAGCAGCGGCCAGGCAACACAACCUCCGGGCAUGGGCCACUCUCGAGCACAAUGUGGUCAGCAGCAAUAUUUGGAUGAGCACCAGCACUACAAAUUGAUGGUGCAAGAUUGUGAUAUUUCUACGGCAAGAUCCAUAGUCACGAACAUGCGCUGGUUUCCGCGGUAG